AUGAAGCACAAGCCAUCGUUGUUCGAAAAAAUCCCCCACGAGAAUCGCGUCCAUCUCGAAGAUGUGGAAUCCACUCCCAUUCAUCACAAUGCCAACGUCACGACCAAUACCACCCUCCUUCCUUCCUUCACCUACUUGGUGUAUCUUCAUAGAUCAGUGAGGAAUCUGCUCUUCACUCUGAUAUUCGACUGGAACAUGGUCUUUAUACAUCCAGUGAAUUUCUUCAUCCUUGUGUCGAUAUUUCCGGCGUUUAUGAUUGGAUUGGUUGUGAUUGGAUUGUCUUUACAUCUUGGGUAUUCGUUGGGUAUGGGCAAAGCAAUCAAGAAGAUUAGUAACAAAUGGGGAGGCGGUUUAUCUCCAGUCAAUUGGUGGGAUCCACGAAUAUUCUCAGAUGCGGUAUCGCAAAUAGUUGCCAACGCUAUUCAAGCUAUGGACGGACCUCAAUACGUAUCCCAGGAUACAGUGCCCGGGACCAAGUUGCCGACCGUUCAGCCCAAGACCUUCAAUAUCGACAUCGCAGAGUUUCUCCUCUUUGUGUCUGCCCUGAUCUACGAAAGAGACGAUAAUAUCGUACACGACGCCCAUGAACAAAUGAAAUCAUUUUCACUUAAUCCGGUCCAUACACCAGAGUCCUACCAAGAAAUAAAUCUAAAACUGCGCGCCGCGGAAAAGUUUAUUCACGAUCAAGCAGCUAAAUGGGGACUGCAAUUCACUUCCCUGUCAGAACUGAACAGUCUCGGUGGGCCGUUUGCUGGAAUGUUUUGGAGUUUGCAACACAACUUCAUCGUCGUAGCAUUCAAAGGUACCACGCCAACCAAUGUAGAGGAUUUCCUUGUCGAUGCCUUGUUCCAGCGGUGUGAUGCUCGCCCUUUCUUGUUCGGUGACGUACACGAAGGAUUCUAUACCUCUUUGUUCCCUGAAUCGCAUGCUUCGGCCAGGUCGAAUUUGGCUAGUCCAUACUUUACCAUCAUGAAAGGAAUUAGGGCCAAGGCAUUGGAGAUUAAGCAGGCAACGGCCCCGAACAAGGCUCCGGUCAAUAUUUGGAUUACUGGGCAUUCGUUGGGAGCUGGGUUGGCAACAUUGUUCUACUCUAGACUGUUGUUGUCUCCUGAAGAUUUGGGUCCAAAUGCUAUAUUAAGAGAUGCUUAUCUAUUUGGUACGCCUGCAGUAGGCGAUUCCGACUUUGCCGCACAAUUCGCCGCCCACAGCAGCCGCCCACACGAUCGUCAUAACACUCUUUGGCGCAUAAUCGAUGACAUUGACAUUAUCACCAAACUUCCCCCUGGUUUCAAUAAUCCGUAUGUGAGCCGGUACAUAAGCAAGAACAACAUUCUCAACUAUGCUCAUGUCGGUGAAGGUAUUCGAUUUUUCCAGGAUGGACGCUUGCCUGAAGCCACCAAAAAUCUCUUCAGUUCCGGCAACGAAGCGGUGAUCGUUGAAAAGAAUUCGAACUUUGCACUGAAAGAUUUGUUUACGUUUAACAGUUUGUGGAAUGGAUUUAAAGUGCAGAAUAAUGACAACGCCGAUGAGGCGGACGAUGAAGAUCAUGUUAAGAUGAGACUGAGAAAUGUCAGGAAUGCUACAAAAGGGAUGCCGUUCGUGCACAAGAAAGGCAGUCCAUUGAUUUGGAUUGAGAAGUUGUUGCCGGUUUUCUUUAGGAACCAUCUUCCUGCGAGGUAUUUCCAGGUGAUGCAGAGAGCAAGAGUGUAUUUUGAAGAGGAUACGAAAGGAUCUCAAGCCUUGAAAAACUGA